AUCAUGGCCAGAACCAAGCAGACCGCUCGUAAAUCCACCGGUGGCAAAGCCCCGAGGAAGCAGCUCGCCACCAAAGCCGCUCGUAAGAGUGCACCAGCCACCGGUGGCGUGAAGAAACCUCAUCGUUACAGGCCCGGCACCGUGGCUCUGAGAGAGAUCCGUCGUUACCAGAAGUCCACCGAGCUGCUUAUUCGCAAGCUGCCUUUCCAGCGCCUGGUGAGGGAAAUCGCCCAGGACUUCAAGACUGACCUGCGUUUCCAGAGCUCCGCUGUGAUGGCUCUGCAGGAGGCCAGCGAGGCUUACCUGGUCGGUCUGUUCGAGGACACCAACUUGUGCGCCAUUCACGCCAAGAGGGUCACCAUCAUGCCCAAGGACAUCCAGCUGGCCCGCCGCAUCCGCGGAGAGCGCGCCUAAACGUUGCCCGCGAUCAUUUGACCUCAAAACCCACAAAGGCUCUUUUAAGAGCCACCUCACUGUUUAAACCAAAAGACG